CCCUCACGCACCCACCCUCCAGGGCUGGCUGACUGACUGACUGACGCAGGCCUCUGCACCCGCCAAUCUGUCAAUGUGCAGAGGUCGAUCACGGUCUGACCUGUCAUCAUCAAAAAAGGUUUGCAAUCAGCACGCAUGCAGACCAAAUCUUGCGUGCCCUCUCUGCGUUGAAUGGGUGUGUGUGUACAUUCGCGCAGACAGAAAUGGAAAUAUAAACCCGCACACCCACCACACCACACCAUGGAUACAAAGACCUGACUCACCUGACUCAGUCAGUCCAAUUCUCCGCGCGAACAUUGGCGAGACCGAGGUACUCGCCGAACUCCUUGCUUUACAUGGUACAUGCUGUAAUCGCCGCUUUGACGGACACGAUGAUGCCCCCGACGCACAGAACCACUCGAUACCUGAACUCACACAGAUUGAUGUUGAGCUUCGCGCCAUCCCUCCACCUGUCUGUCACUCACCCCGUGGGGUCCGUCUUGUUGUCUGGUGUAGUGGGCGGCAGGACGGCCGACUCACCAGACCGAACACCCAGGCCUUCUUGCCUUGACCGAAUGACGACACGAGAGGACUGCCACCCACAGGACGCACCCAUGACACAACACACCCAUCUGCACACCCGGCCACUUACCCGCCCUCAAGCUGCUUGAUGAGGUCGAGCAGUAUGGCCAUCUUGGUGUCUCUGUUGCGCAGCACCGCACGGAUGAGCUCGGCCUCCCCGUCCCACAGCAGCGCCUCGAGGACUUCUUUAUUGCCCAUCCCAUGCGGGGCAAGACGCUCCGCUCCCAGUGCAAGAUGGGGCGCCUGCGCGACACGUGGCUGGUGAUGGCAAAGAAGCCCACCAUCUGCUUGGCUCCCUUGAGCGGGUCGGCAUGCAGGUCGUCGG